AUGUCCUCAUCACACUCUGAUGAGGAUAGAAAUGUAUCGCAAUACGACAUUGAAGACGAUCUAUAUGUCUAUGGAUCACCCGUAUACUCGACGCAAGUAGCAUCCGAUACGCAACCUUCUUUGCCAGCAGCGAGUCAUGUGACUCAUGCUAGAACACAGGUAAAUAAUAUUUCAAUAGAUUUGUCGUUUUUUAUUAUAUAUUCUGUAUAUUUAUAUAGUGAAAUUCGUUUCAUUGUAGUUUUGUAAUUGCAAGAAUACAUGCAGUAAACGCAGCGGCAGAAAAAGCGAGGUUGUCCUUGCCGAGAUGAGGAAUUGAAAUGCGUCGCUGGCUGCACAUGUGGAACAAAGAAGGCAGCGUGCAAUAAUAAACAAGGAACAGCAGCUGUCUCGAGUGCUGGUAUGGUUGAACGUCACCAGAUCGCAGUGGAGGAAGCUUGAAUGCAAAUUACAGUAGGUGUUUUUAUUUCGAAUUUCUGAAUUUUCAAAUGGCUGUGCAAUAUUGUAGCUUGUGGACUAAUUUUUUAGGUCAUUGUUUAUUCAUUCCCCACUGUAUUAUAACUGUAAAUAGUAUCCAAAGCUGUUAUAAUUAUAUAUCACAAUAUCUACAGCUGUUCGUACAUGUGUUACGACUCUUGCAAGAAUAUCCAGAAAUAUAUGCUGAUUGUUAAAAAUACAUAAUACAGUUUGUCAUAAGAGUUUCUUGUUUCUAGAAAUUUAUUGGAGGUCUAACAGUGGAGCAAAAAGACAAAGUACUCCUUGAGGUUUUGUCAAAUGGGAAAGGCAGCCUUGACUAUGCCAACAACCUUGUAGAAUUUGGUGGUCAUCCUUCAGAUCCUCCUCAAACAAAGCCGCCAUGGUGCACAUCUGGAGUUUGCCAACCAAUGCCAACCGAGGAGGAAAAUAGGUCUUGCAAGAAAAUACG